UUGGUUUGCUUUUUACAUCAAACUUGUUCUCAGGUGGAAUGUGUAAGGAGAAUCUUUGAAAGACACCCUGAAACCGCUUUAAAUCUUCGUCCAAAGAAUCAGUUGGUGAAGAAUGCGUACAUGAGCACCCUUCUCGACCUCAUAGAUAUAGCUUGCUUAGCUCCUCAGGAGCUAACAGAGGAGGAACUAGUAGAUGCUGAGAACACGCUUUUGGAUCUAGUAGGGGUAGGUUUUGAGUUGGAUUGGUUGAAGAAGAAGCUGGAGGAGCUUUUCGUGAAGAAGAAGAAAAUGGAAACACGUGGUGAACGCAUGAGAGAACUCGAUAGAAUGAUUGUGGAACAGAGACAAGUGUUGCUUGCGCUUGAAUACGAUUCCAGAACAAUCAUGGGGAAGCAAGCUAGAAAGAAGAUCACAUGGACGAUUAAGAACUUCUCCUCUUUGAAAUGUGAGAAACUUUGUUCUGAUCAAUUCGUAGUCGCUCGUUGCAAAUGGCGUCUUUGUGCAUAUCCCAAGGGAAACAACGUUGACUACUUGUUUUUGUUUCUUGAAGUUGCUGAUCACGAUUCACUACCCUGUGGAUGGAGAAGAAACGCUCGUUAUUCCCUAUGUAUAGUAAACCAAAACACCAUAAAACGUUCCACACAAAAUGAUGAACAGAAGUGGUUUGAUGAGAAGUCUCCUCGUUGGGGUCGUGUAUCCAUGUUUCCCCUUAAUGAGAUCCAUGCAAAAGAGAGCGGAUAUUUGGUAAACGGAGAACUCAAGAUUGUUGCUGAGAUUGAGGUUAUUGCAGUUCUUGGCAAGUUAGACGUAACAGAGGAAAGUUCAACAAUAAUAGAAACCAUGGAUGUUAAUGGCUUUCAACUUCUUCCUUCACAGAUGGAACUUGUGAGCCGUUUGUUGGAACGACAUCCAGAGAUUGCAUCUAAUUUCCGUACUAAGAACCCAAAUCUUAGGACGGGUUACAUGAGUUUACUACUUAGCCUGAUUGAGACUCUGCGCCAGUCGCCUCACGAGCUCUCCAAGACUGAUCUGGACGAGGCAGAUGCUGCACUUGGAUCCAUGACUAAUGCUGGAUUUAAAUUGGAUUGGUUGGAGAAGAAGCUUGAUGAGAUGGCGGAAAAGAAGGAGAAAGAGGAGGCUAGUGAGAUUCGAGUGCAAGAAAUCGAGGAAGAGUUGAAAGAUUUGAAGCAGAAGUGCUCAGAUCUUGAAGCUCAGCUGGAGAAGGAAAAACUAGAGCUGUCGAUUGCAAUAGCUCCUAUCUCAUUCGAUGAUGUUAUUAUGUAA